AUGUCAAGGCAAAUGGGCCAAACGAGCAUAGAGUUAAGGAAAUUGAUUAUUAAGCAUACUGAAGAUGGAAAGUCUGUGCGAGAAAUAUCGGAGAUUGUCAAAAGAAGUAAUUCCACGGUUCAUGACAUCAUAAAACGCUACAAAACCAAUAAUCAGGUGGAAAAUAAGCCUAAAAAAGCCCAUAAAAAGAUUUUCACCGAAGCAGAUGAGCGAUAUUUAGUGAGAAAAGUGAAAGUAAAUCCCUUCCUUAGCGCACCAAAGCUAGCUAUUAUUGCUGAAAAUGAAUUAGGGAAAAAAGCUAGUCCAUCAAGAAUUAUAAAUGUGCUCCAUAAGAAAAAUCUCAAUGGAAGAAAAGCCAGACAAAAGCCUUUCAUAAGUAAGCAAAACCUAAAAGUAAGACGUGAAUUCGCAAAGGAGCAUGAAAACAAGGAUUGA